AAAUUGAAGAAAUUUCUCGGCCUUGUGUGAUUGUAAGUUAUUGAGAGCUACUUUGUGAAGGCAUAUCGUCCAUCUUGGGAAGCUGAUUUACUCAGUUCGAACUCUGUUCUUCAUUCAACCGAAGAAGAAAAGUUAUGGGGUGGAGAAAGCUCGUCCUCUUCUGUGCAUGUCUCCUCCUUCUUCAGUUUGCCAUGGGCAGUUUUUCCAACGCUUUACCACAAGAAGAAGGUCUAUGGGAUCACUCGAAACCAAGGCGUAAAGGAUGUCUUAUUCGUCUAUGCUGCUGCGAGCCCCAUUCUGGUUUUUUGUGCGGCUUCAAGCCCUGGUGUUGCUGCCAAUAAGGACAUUCAAGAAGACGUCCACAAGUCCAAAAGUCGACAAUAAGACCCAUAUCAUGACAAUGUCCACAUACUGAUCUGCCACUGGUAGGAUAACUACAAUAAACUGCGAGAGUAGAUGAUGAUCUUGACAGCUGGACAAUAUCAACACUACACCGAGUAGUGUAUAUUUAUAGUAACAGUAGAUAUGAUCGAUGUAGGAUUAAUUUGAUGUUCAGAUGCUGUAAGGUUGAAAUGAAGUGAGAUUGUAGCACACUCUCCUGUGCUGGUGUGAAUAAAACAUCAGAGAUGUGAAGGGCCAUCCACGCCUUCCAUCAGAGCUGGAUGACAAUACAAAUUUGAGACUUGUUCAAGUGUCUAACAGGCUUGAUGUAGUUGUACUUCUCCGCAAUGUGUAAGAAGAAUCAUCUGCACAUAAUAAAGUUGCUGCAAGCUUAACGUUUGCUUUGUC